AUGUUUACCGAACGAUACUUGGGCCGCCUAGAGUCCGAGACGUACGCCUCAUCAUCAGUGCAGAAUGUGUCAUCAUUCAGCCGUGCCCAUCUCCUCUUUGUCCACGGGACCGCAGAUGUGAAUGUUCAUUAUGACCAUUCAGUUCACCUGCUUCGGAUGUUGGCAGACGCGGGAAUUAAAGAUUUUUGGUUCAGAUCGUUUCCAGAUGCGUGGGUUUUUUACCGAUUCCUAUUUACUUACCUUCUUCGGUGCGCCACUCAGCUUCUUUCCCCUCUCAACAGUGAUCACGCAAUGAGAGGUUCCUAUCGGGAGCUUUUCGAGUUGAUGGAGAAAUUCCUGCAGUGGGAAAUCGAUUAUUCAUAG